CCCCCCGAUCCCCAAGUCGCAGUUUUCUGGACAGGCGCGCGGCCCCCCGUCACUCGAACGCGCGGGGGUAAGAUGGCGGAGUCCGGUGGCGGCGGCGGCGGCGGCAGCGGUGGCGUUGGCUUCGGUGCAGGCCCGGGCCCGGAGCGCCCAAGCAGCAUGGCUGAUAAGAACGGAGCUCUCAAGUGCACCUUCUCUGCACCCUGCCAUAGCACCAGCCUCCUGCAGGGCCUGGCCACACUUCGCUCACAAGGCCAGCUCCUGGACGUUGUGCUCACAGUCAACAGAGAGACUUUCCAUGCACACAAGGUGGUCCUGGCUGCCUGCAGCGACUACUUCAGGGCCAUGUUCACAGGCGGCAUGAGGGAGGCCAGCCAGGACAUCAUUGAACUGAAGGGCUUGUCAGCGCGUGGCCUGCGGCACAUCAUUGACUUUGCCUACAGUGCCGAGGUGACGCUGGACCUGGACUGUGUGCAGGAUGUGCUGGGCGCAGCUGUGUUCCUACAGAUGCUGCCAGUGGUGGAGCUGUGUGAGGAGUUCCUCAAGGCUGCCAUGAGCGUGGAGACCUGCCUGCACAUCGGUCACAUGGCCACCACCUUCAGCCUGGCCUCACUCAAGGAGUCGGUGGAUGCCUUCACCUUCCGGCAUUUCCUGCAGAUCGCUGCGGAAGAUGAUUUCCUGCAGCUGCCACUGGAGCGCCUCGUCUUCUUCCUGCAGAGCAACCGCCUCCAGAGCUGUGCCGAGAUCGACCUGUUCCGAGCUGCUGUCCGCUGGCUGCAGCAUGACCCUGCCCGGCGGCCGCGCGCCAGCCACGUGCUCUGCCAUAUCCGGUUCCCACUCAUGCACUCGUCUGACCUGGUGGAUAGCGUGCAGACGCUGGACCUCAUGGUGGAGGACGUGCUCUGCCGCCAGUACCUGCUAGAGGCCUUCAACUACCAGGUGCUGCCUUUUCGGCAGCACGAGAUGCAGUCCCCGCGCACGAUUGUGCGCUCCGAUGUGCCCUCGCUGGUGGCCUUUGGUGGCACCCCCUAUACUGACAGUGACCAUGCUGUCAGUAGCAAAGUAUACCACCUGCCUGAGCCAGGAGCCUGUCACUUCCGCGAGCUCACAGAGAUGGAGGUGGGCUGCAGCCACACAUGCGUGGCUGUGCUGGACAACUUUGUGUAUGUGGCCGGGGGCCAGCACCUGCAAUAUCGCAGUGGUGAGGGUGCUGGAUGCCUGCUGCGCUUGCAGGCCAUGCAGGAGAGCCGCAUCCAGUUCCAGCUGAACGUGCUGUGCGGCAUGGUCUAUGCCACGGGCGGCCGCAACCGGGCCGGCAGUCUGGCCUCCGUUGAAAGAUACUGCCCGCGGCGCAAUGAGUGGGGCUAUGCCUGCUCGUUGAAGCGCCGCACCUGGGGCCACGCAGGUGCCUCGGCCGGCGGUCGCCUUUACAUUUCAGGUGGCUAUGGCAUCUCUGUGGAGGACAAGAAGGCGCUGCACUGCUAUGACCCGGCAGUCGACCAGUGGGAGUUCAAGGCACCCAUGAGCGAACCCCGUGUGUUGCAUGCCAUGGUGGGUGCUGGCGGCCGCAUUUAUGCCCUGGGUGGCCGCAUGGACCAUAUGGACCGCUGCUUUGACGUGCUAGCUGUAGAGUACUAUGUACCAGAAACAGACCAGUGGACCAGCGUGAGCCCCAUGAGGGCUGGCCAGUCAGAGGCCGGCUGCUGCCUGCUGGACAGGAAAAUUUAUGUUGUUGGGGGCUAUAACUGGCGCCUCAACAAUGUGACAGGCAUCGUGCAGGUAUACAACACCGAGACAGAUGAAUGGGAACGCGAUCUGCACUUCCCUGAGUCUUUUGCAGGCAUUGCCUGUGCCCCAGUCCUGCUGCCCCGGGCCGGAAGCAGGAGGUAGCUCCUGGGAUGCCCCCCCGCCCCCCCCACACACCCAUGACCUGGCUGCAUGCUGUUCUUGCCAGGGGUUUGGUGAGCACGUGUCCUGUAGAGAACCUUGGGCCCCCUCCCCGUGGGCUGGCUGUAUAGUCCCGUUGUGCUGAUAAGCCUCCUUCCUAGGAUCCUUCCUUCCCAAAGCAGAUCUUGGCUCUCUGCCUGCCCAGGGAGCCUGCCAGUGAGGAGGCCGGUGUGUUGUGGCAGAAAACUUGAGCCUGAGGCAGUUUCCUCGUCUGCACGGGGUCCUCACUCAUGGGUUGGAAUAGGGGGUCUCUUUGGGGUAUUAUUGUGCCCCACUUCUCCCAUCCCUUAGUCCAGCAGUCUCAGAUGUUCAUAUGCAGGCUCAUUAGUGUCAAUCCAAAUUCAUAGUAUGCCACUCUCCCCAUCCCAAGUUUCUUGCGCAUGUGUAUUUUGUUUGCUUGCUUUUGUUAAUCCUCACCCAAGGAUAUUUUUUCCAUUGAUUUUUAGAGAGAGUGGA